CGAGGGAGUUUCCGCAGGGCGGGUGCACACCCGGGCUUGGCUCUGCCAAAGCCUCUUCUUGGCUCCUAUGGGUAUGAAGCUCCCGGGGAAGCCCACGGACAGCUGUCCCCGGUGCCGCUCCAGGCCAAGAGGGCUGUGGGUGAGGCAGCCAUGGGGCCCCGCUUCCGACGUGCUCAACUUCUGGCAGCUGUCCCGCUGGAGGGUCUUGUUCCUGAUUGGCCUGGUCUUUGCAUGCACAGUGCAGGGGAGAAACAAUGGCCCACUGGACCUUGACCGGGAAUCAGAGCCCCCGCACCGACACCAACCAGCCCAUGGGACAUGGACUCACUGGGGCAGCUGGAGUGCUUGUUCCAGUACCUGUGGGGACGGCGUCUCCUUCCGGAUCCGCAGGUGCAUCAGGCUUCCUGGAGAAGAGCCCUGCCGAGCAGAGGCCAGGCAGUAUCGUGUCUGUGAGCAGAAAGCCUGCCCAGCUGGCACUGCCCCCUUCAGGGCCAUGCAGUGCGCUCUCUACAACAGCAGGCCCAUCCUAGGGGGGCAGGCCCAGUACCAGUGGGUCCCCUUCCACGGAGCUGCCAACCUCUGUGACCUUAACUGCCUGGCGAUUGGGCACAAUUUUUACUACAGCUUUGGCCGAGUCCUGGACGGAACCCCCUGCAGCCCAGCAUCGCCAGAACUCUGCAUCAGUGGCCGGUGCUUGAGAGCCGGCUGUGAUGGGAUCCUGGGCUCCGAGGCCCUGGCCGAUGCCUGUGGCGUCUGUGGGGGCAGGAAUGAGUCCUGUGUCUUCGUCCAGGAAGCCUUCCGGGCGACGAUUCCCGCCUCUGGUUUCUUGGGGUACAGGAACGUGACCCAGAUUCCGGCCGGAGCCAGACAGAUCAGGGCAAUGGACAACAGCCGCAACUAUCUCGCCCUGAUGGAAGCAAACCAGCAUUAUAUCCUCAACGGGGAGUGGGCCGUGGACGAGCCGGGUACCUUCGAGGCAGCAGGCACCCAGUGGCAUUACUCUCGCACAGCUGAUGGGCACGAGACCCUGGAGGCAGCUGGACCCACAAGCGAGGAUCUGUUUAUCAUGGUGCUUUUUCAGGAGGAGAGCCUCAGCAUAGACUACCAGUACUGGGGGCCAAGGAAGCAGACCCUCCACCAUGCGCCGGGGGAGGCCCGUGCUCUGCGCCAGCCGCAGGCCAGGAAGGUAGGGGCCCAGCACCCAGAAGGCCCUGCAGACUUUUCUGAAGCCACAGCAGCGACACGCCGUUUCACCAAGGCCCAGGAGGUGGCCAAGGAGGCGCCCCAGAAGAAGGUCACCCCAGCACCCCUGAGGACUCCUACAGUGCCAGGACCCUGUGGGAAAUGCGACCCGCGGAGAGGGAAGUCGCAACGGUUACACCACUAUUGCAACAGCGACUUCGUCUUCCGAGCACGGAUCCUCUCAAAGCGCUACGUCGGCUCCGAGACACGCUACGACGUGCAGGUGCAGCAGACAUACCGCAACCGUUUCCCUCUGCGCUCGCGCGAGUACGUCUGGGUGCCCAACACCUGCGACUGCCCCCACCUGCUGGAGCGGCGUGAGUAUCUGUUCAUGGCGCGGAACCACGUCAACUUCGAGCAGACCCUCAACCGGCUCUUGCUGCAGCGCGACGGCUACGCCAGGCCCUGGUCUCCCCGCGAAGACCUGCUGCUUCGCGAGGCAGCCCCACGUUGCCAGCCCGGCCCUCCCGCCUGAGAGCCUCCGUCUGCUCGCGGAAAGGAGCCGCGAGACCCCGCGACUGCUGAGCGCGCCACGGACCCCAGUCCGCCCCACCCGGCAGGGCAGCGCAGAUGCGAGACUCUGCCGCCGGCGCCCUAGGCUUCUGAGCUGCCCGGGGACAGUGCUGGGAAAUCCUGCCGCCGCCGAGGCGCAUCCAAGCUGGGCGAGUCCGGGACCGAGCAGAAGGGGUCUGUUGGGUCAGCCCCGUGAUUGUCCCGCGGAAGAGCCGCCGAGCCCCGGGCAUCCAGUGGCCUCUGCUGUUUGGCUCCCAGCUGGACUGGGUGCGCCCCGCCCCUGCCGCCCCGUGGGUAGUCUUGCGCUGAUCCCCGCGGUCUGAAGGAGAGGCCUGCCUCCGGACACUGACAGAAAGGAGGGGUUCCCACCCCUGCUAGCGAUGGUAUUUUUUUAUUUUAUUUAAUAACAUUGAAACUCCACCCCCCAAUUUAUCCAUUUUUCUUUGACAGAGAGAUCUUUUUAACAUUUCAUGCAAUAAUUCAACAUUAUCCAACAUUCAGGGUGCCACAAAUUCUGGCAUCUCUGCGCUGAAGAUGUUACCUUAAUAAGUCCUGACUCAGUGUCUUUGCGGAUGUACAAUUUGUCCGUUUUUCUCUUGCCGGCACCACAUGACCCCGUUACGUGCUAGGCUGAGGGGUCGCCCUGGUGUAUGGAAACCACCUGGAGUAACUUAUUUGGCACACAGUUUACAUUCCAACUCGGUAUGCUUAACUUUCAGAUGGAGAUAAUUUAAGUUUAAAAUAAAUGUAUACAUAAACCAUAAGUAAGAAUCCAGCUUAAAUGUUACUAUUAAAGAUGUAUAAAUUUAUGACACAAAUAAAUAGGUACUCAAACCAACGACUUAAAAACAUAAGCCUAAAACUGAUUGUUAC